AUGUUGCAAUUGACAAGUCGAAUAGCAGUGGUGAUUCUUGUGAUCGUCGCUGUCUGGACGACUCCAAUCAAUGGCUCUACAUCAAGGAAGCUGAACGAAAACGCCUUGUCUGGGACGCCGGACACCGGAAUUAAGUGCACACCUUGUGAGCAACACCCUCCACCUUCGCCCCCGCCGCCACCUCCUCCGACAAGUCCUUCCACGCAGAACUGCCCUCCACCACCAUCAGUUCAAACACCACCAGCGCCUUUAUAUUAUAUAACUGGUCCACCGGGGAAUUUGUAUCCGUUUGAUCCAUAUUACUCUGGUUCUAGCCGGAAUUCAAUCAUGGGAUUGCCGAUCGUUCUUUUUGGAUAUGGGUUGUUGUUGGGGUUGCCGGCUCUUUGA